UCAUAUUUCGAUUUACUUAUAUAGCAAACCCCUCUCUUCCUCCUCUUCCUUGGUAAAUAAAACUCUUUAAAGGCGAGCUAGCGAGCGAAACUCUGAGAGGGGAGGGUUGGACUCAAAUAUUACGGGACCGCAGGAGAAAUAUUCUAAAGCCUGGCGGCAAACUUCCAUCGGAAAAAAGUCAAACAAUUGGAAUAAUAUGUGGCGAACUUUACGGAACAGAUAAACGAUGAAACAUUUGGAAGAGAAUUUUUCUGGAAAUUUUCAGGGGAUCACCACGCAAAUGCGAAAAAUAUCUCUCGGUCGACCUUUCGGAUUUUGCACAUGCGCAGUUAUUUUAAUCUCAAAGUCUCAAAGUCCGAGCAAAACGCUCCCUGCUAUCAUUCAGUAACACCUACGCAAGAUAUCCAAACUCUGUUUCUCAGUCAACCAUGAAAGUAAUUUUCGGGCUACUUUUACUGGUCGUAUUUUCAGCGCUCACUUCGGGUCAAGAUAACAUUUUAACUGUCGGUGAACUCUUCACUGCGAUAGUGGAAGGAAUCGUGAAACUACUAGCAGAAGCUAUUAAAGCCAUCGUGGAACAAAUUCAAAAAGCGAUUAAAGAUAGUUGUGACCAAAAUGGUGGUUCUGGUGCCUACGAGAACCUAACCAAAGUCUGGUCUGAAGCGAACGAUUUUUAUAACAGCCAUUUCAAUGGAUUUCAGCAGGAGGUUAAAGAAGCGAAAAAAGUCGGAAACUUAAGUGCAGUGUUUAAGAAUUACUGUCGCUUAAGUGUUCCACUGAUCCAUCACAUACAUAGGCUCUCAGAUGGAGCAAUAAAAUGCAGCGAGCUAGAAAACAGACCCAAGCUUCAACAUUUUCGAAAUAUGGCCGAGAGAGCCAUCAACUUUGCUUGCGAGAAUAAUGGAGUGCGGAUUGCUGUAUUUGUAGCGGAAGAUGGCAUCGAUUGUGUGAUGAGCAAGGAUACUGCCCUGUUAAAUUGUGGAGGGAAUACAACUUUUGGCGAUCUUGACACAAUCCAAACCUUUGAGUUCAACCAAGGAGUGUGCGAGAACUAUAAAAGAAUCCAGGAGUGCAUGGUAGAAGCACUAGGAGAAUGUAACAAGAGUGCGCCAGCGAAACUCAUCGACGAUUUUUUAAAUGAAAUAUACAGUUCGUCGCCAUGUCUCAGUUUUAUAGAACUAAACUGACCGAAUCGCCGGAUAACUAUUUGUAUAAUCUCCUUGUUUGCCCAAUAAAUUGCUUGGGUACAAUUUUAACAAUCUAUAUUGUAUAUUCCCGGCAUUGAAUCUUGGAAAUUAUUCUGUCUCGUGCAUAGAUUCAUUGCUCGAGCCAAUUUGGAAACUCCAUGUAACAGAGUGCUUUAUCCCAAUCGAGCAAUUUGUAUGGGGCCAAUCUCAAGGGACUACAGGAAGAAGUUGAAGAAUCAAGAAAAGCGGGAAAUUUAAAUGUGGUCAUUCAAAAAUACUGUGCCAUACGUGUACCAUUCAUUGAUCAGUUUUCUAGUCUUACAGAUGCAUUCAUAAACUGGAGGAUGAACGAUCGGAAACUGUAUACAGUUCCUCGCUGUAUGACAAUGUCACCAGAUCCUCAAUUGAAUAACACCAAAUCCUUCAAAAUCCCUGGAAAUCUCUACGUUUUCUACCACAUUCUACAGACUAAUUUAGACAAAGUUCCCUUGACAAAGUCUAGUCCUGUCCUGUUAGUUCCACGAAAUAGAUAGGUUUAAGUACGAGGGCAAUUUUUGUUCAAAACAAUCCGCUUUCUUGACCUUAGUUACACUCACCUGCACCCAGUUCUCAAAAGUAUCUGAGUUCAUGCUCGCUUUUAACCUCAGUUCUUAUCUCCGUUUCCUAACAGAAAUUUUUAGAUUUUGCAGACGUAAACAAAUUCUUAUCAAAAAGUAUCGCCUUUUGCUGGAAAAAUUCACAAAUUUAUAUGACCUUUACGAGUUUCCUGAUUUAUUUACUACAGAACGAAAACAGUUCCUCGAACUAUAUUUAGCUCAGUUUCGAGAUAUUCGACCUAUCAUGAAAAAGACUGACGAUCUGAAGCUCCAUAGCAAUUGAUGUUUUAGACCUGAAAUCAAGCCUUGGUAUAGUUUUAUGGAAACGCAUUUUCGGAGAGAGAAUGUUUGAAAUGAAGGCUUACGUUUCUUUUUGCAAUCGGCUUUGGCCUUGAAGAACCAUUUCGGCCUGCUCUAUGUCCAAGAUAUAGAUAUAAUAAAAACCCCCAAAGGCAAAUAUUUGCAGAAAUGCCCAGAAGGUGGUAAAGAACACAAGAUUUAAUUUUGCGAGAAAUUAUAACGAAGAGGGAAAUAAUUGAACAAUGGAGGGAAAAGUAUAGAGAGUUAAUUGGGAAAACCACGGAAGGGAAAUAUUUGCAGAAAUGCCCAGAAGGUGGUGAAGAACACAAGAUUUAAUUUUGCGAGAAAUUAUGACGUAGGGGGAAAGAAUUAAAAAGUAGAAUACAAGUAUAAGGAGUUAAUUGGGAAAACCACAGAAGGGAAAUAUUUGCAGAAAUGCCCAGAGGGCGUUGCGAGAAAUUAUAACGUAGAGGGAGAGCAUUGACAAAUGUAGGACAAGUGUAAGGAGUUAAUUGGGAAAACCACAGAAGGGAAAUAUUGGCGGAAAUGCCCAGAAAGUGGUGAAGAACACAAGAUUUAAUUUUGCGAGUAAUUAUAACGUAGAGGGAAAGAA